UCCUCCAUGCCAUCACAAAGCCAGGCUUGGUGAGGUAGAGGGACUCGCAUCAGCUUGGGAAGGGAGAGAGAGGCAGCUCAGGCAGACAGCCCCACCGCUGUGCCUGCAAGCCUUCCUCACCUUCCUUCCAUGAUUUAUCUAAACCCAUAACCCCACUGUGCGUCAACUGGGAAAGGGAUUUGGCAUGUUGUACUCCGAAAACAAACUAAGGGAUUUUAUAGAUCAUGCACCGAUCUUGCCACCAGGCUCAGUUGUUCGUACUGGAAAGGAUGUCCGUGGUUUCUAUCCCGGGCAAGUAGGACGGGUCCAUAAGGAAUAUUUAACCAGAGGAGCUCUGGGACCUUUCAGCAAACUGCAACCAGCUCCAGUAAUCUAUGAAGCCGAAACUCUAUUCCAACCCGACUAUGACAAUUCAGCUCUCAGGAACUAUGUGUAUUUUCAACAAAUGAAAAGGCCUGCCAUCGACUGGUACAGCCAAACCUCAUACAGAGCAGCGUUUGACUUGCCAUAUCACUACACAACUUACUGCUACCCUGUGACAGACACACUACCAGUGCCUUCAAACACAUGUGACUUUGGCCUCGCUAAACACACUGCCAGUGGCAGAGUGCUAGGAUGUUCUCUUCCUCCUCACUGCCACAGCUGUCACAUGAGUAAAUAUACACCAGUAGAUUCUGGACCAUGUAUUAUCUGGACAAGUACUGGUAGGAGGAUGUUUUCAACUUUCCAGGCCUGCACUUGAACAGAAGAAUCAAAGAAACUGCAUCAGAUGAACUUAAAAGAAAGCAAAAUAACAUAAAUCACUCUUGCAUCCAAGACAAUUCUGGUUUGUUUCUUUAAUUGCACAAAUAGUUUCUGCUGCUUUAGGCUACAGCUAUAUUGCUUACAAAUCCUGCUGCAUCUGGAAAUAUCAAUUCCCCAACUGAAAAACAGGGUAAGUUCGUACAGUGGAGUUACAACAGUGGAAGAACUGAAGCAGGCCUUGAACUUGAAGGUCUCUCCUUGGCAGAAGUGAAACAUAACU